CGUUGGUUGUGUCCUCAUGGUUGCCUCGUGGUCUUGUUAAAAAAUUUGUAGUAAAAAGUCAAAAGAACAUCUUGGAAAGAAAGGUUAUACUUGAUUAUAAAUUAAAGACAUUAAAUUAUUAUUUGUUAAAGUUAAUUAAUAUAAAAUGGAUACAUUAAUAAAUGUAGUUGAUGUCGACAAAGAUGUUGGCAAUCUUUCCAUUUCGAAUUACAAUAAAAUUGCUGUCGAAAAUUUGGGAGAAAAUACAGAGAAUUAUUUGUUGUCUUUAAACAAGGACAACACACAACUUCUCAUUAAUGAUAUUUUUUCAUUGGAGACUGAAAGGAAGGAUAAUGAACUUAUUGUCAAGUUACCAAAGAUUUGUACAUCAUUACCAAGAGCAAGAACAAUGCCUAAGCAAAAGGUACCUACCAAAUGGCAACAAUUUGCCAAGGAGAAAGGCAUUAAAAAUAAAAAGAAACCUAAGCUUAAUUGGGACGAAGAACUCACGAAAUGGAUACCAACAUUUGGAUAUAAAAAGAAUGCUGCUGAAUAUCAAAAAAAUUGGGUUGUUGAAUUAACAACAGGAGACACUCCACGAGAAACUAGAUUGAGCUCAGCAAAAAGUGAAAAAAUAGCAAAAAAUGAAUUGCAAAGAUUACGCAAUUUAGCUAGAGCUAAAAAAAUUGCAAUACCUAGAGUUGGUUUGCCAGCAACAGAAUUUGCUUCAGGAAAACAAUUAGCAGUUGCCAAGACACUUGCACGACUUUCCACCGCAUCAGCUGGUAAAUUUCAAAACAGACUUCCCAAGGAGAAAGAUGCCAAUAAUCUUGCCAAAUCAUGGUUAUUUUAAUAAUAUUAAUAAUUUUUGUAAUAA